GAACAGCGGGCUGCGCAGUUGGCGCGCGAAGUGGCCUGCGCUGACAGGCUGGCUCGAGAGGCCGAAGAGAAGCUCCUCGCCGUUGAGAUCCGCGUUCGGCGAUGCGCCUUGCUGCAGCUUGAGGAUCAAUUCACCUGCCCGCUCUGCUUCGACAUCAUCAGCGCACCAUAUGUGCUCAACGGCGCCACAUGCGGGCACACAUUCUGCGCAUCAUGUAUUCUCAAGUGGUAUUUAGCCCGCAUGCACGACUGUGGCUCUUGGCACGAGAACGUGGUGUGCCCAAUGUGCCGCUCGGCGCUGAUUCAUACGCCAGACCUCGGCGACAAUCCGCGGUCCAUCUUUUACUGCCCCUUCACUCCCAACCGCGUCGCGGACACAGCUAUCAAAACACUUGUCCGCAAAGUCGCCACUUCAGGGACUCUAUCGACCCCGGGACAUGAACCGACUUCCGUAGCCGAUACGCCCACGAAAAGGCGUCGAGGGAAGGUAAGUGCGAAGGGGGUGUUCGAAUCUGCGGUUGCAGGCACGGAUCCCGGCGAUCCGUUGCUGUCCUGGAUGGAUUCGCAGGGUGCGAAUCUCGUCGAAUGGCGGCGUCGCGGCGAAGAGGGGCAGGCUGCGAUGGACCGGCUGCGAACAAACUGGCAUCGGCUCGAUAAUGCCGACUUUGUGCUAAUGAAGGAGACCAUGGGGCUCUGCGUGAGGCAUGAUUUUCUUGUCCAGCAGGAUCAGACCUGA